AUGAAUAUAUUUAAGCAGAAAGAAAAUACACCAAAUACUAUAUCUCAAGUUUUGAUGAAUAAGCAUAAAGGAAAAUUUUCGGAAGCGAUAAUAUCAAUCAGGGAAUUAGAAGAAAAAGAUAUAAAUGAAGUGAGACAAUUGUUGUAUGAUCAUUUUAAUUCUUUAACGUUACCAGCAGUUAUAUAUUGGUCAAUACAACAUAUUUAUGAUUUAUUAGUUAUUAUAGUGAUUAAUUAUAUAUUCUUUUUGGAUUUAAAGAAAAUAUUUUAUUUUCUUAUAAUAUUUUUAAUAUAUUUAUAUAUAAGAGCCAAGUUAGAAUUCUUAAAUCAUAUAAGAAAUGAUUGCCCAGAUUUGGAAAAUUUGUAUAAGAGUUACAUUAACGUGGAAGGAUGUAAUUUUUGGGUAGCUGAAGUUUACGAUGGUAACUUUGGUUCAGCUAGCCGAACAACGUGUAGUGAUAUACAUGAAAGAGAAAAAAUUUUAUUAGAACAAGAAGAACAGGAAAGGUUAUUAUCAAAUAAUAAUAAAGGAAAUGAUAAUAACACCCUGAAUGAAAAAAAUGGAGAAGUGGAUCAUAAAUUACUUAAACCUAAUUUAGAAAAAGAUGAAUAUAAUAAUGAUAAAGAAAAUAAAGAAAACAAUAAUAAUAAAGAAGAUAGUAAAAAGGAUGAUAAAGAGGACAAUAAAAAGGAUAAUAAUAAAGAUAAUAAUAAAGAUAAUAAUAAAAAUAAUAAUAAAGAUGAUAAAAAAGACAAUAAUUCUAAUACUACACCGGAUAAUAAUAAUAAUAAUGUAUGUUAUAAUUCAAAUGAUCAAAAUAAUAACAACAAUCAAAAUAAAAAAGAUAAUGUUAAGGAAAAUAUAAAAGAUACAUCAUCUACACAGAAUGUUGUUGAAGAAAAAAAAAAUGAUGACACAUGUAAUGAGCAAAAUAAUGAUAAUAAGAAUAAGAAUAAUCAAUUAAAAAAAUUUAGUUUUUUUAAAAAUAAAAAAAGUAACAAUGAUGAUAACGAUAAUAAUGAAAAUUAUAUGAACGAAAAAAAAAAUAAACUAUUAUAUAACAUUAAUGAAAUAUCAAAUAGACACUUUAUAGAAACCAGAAAUAAUGUUUCAUCAGGAUUUAAUGAAAUAAGUAGAAAUAUAUUUAAUUGCAAAAAAAAUUAUGAAGAAGAUUUUAAUAAAAAUGUCAUAAACAAAAAAAUUGUAGGAUGUGUAGGUAUAGUACCAUUUAAAGGUGAUAAUUCAAUUGCGCAACUUGUUCGUAUGGUUGUUAAAAAAGAUAAGAGAAGAAUGAGAAUCGGUAGCAGAUUAUUAAAACAAUUAGAAAAUUUUGCACAUGAACAAAAUUAUAAUGAAUUAAAAGUUUUUACCAAUAAUUUAAAUACUGAUAGCUUAUAUUUUGUUAAGCAAAAUGGUUUUAAUUUAUCUCAAAUUGUUAGGAGAGGUUUAAUGAGAGGUGAUUUAUUAAUAUGGUCAAAAAUACUUAAUAAAGAUGAUUUUUAUAAAUUUAGUUCAUCAGAAAUAAAGAGAUAUACGAAUAAUAUCUUGGAUUGA